GUCAAGUGUGUACCAACUUUAACGAAAAAACGUUCCCAAUCUCUGAGUUGAUUCGAUGACUUCUCACUCGCCACCCAUUCGUACUAACAAUCCAAAGUAGAGACGACCUCGUUGAAUUUUGCUGCGAAUUUUGCUUCUACCGGAUAAACAACCAAUAUGGCUGAUAACGAUGAUCUUUUAGAUUAUGAGGAUGAGGAUCAGACUGAGCAGGUUACCACUGAGCCGGUAGAACAACCUAAAAAGGAUGUGAAAGGAACGUAUGUUUCGAUUCACAGUUCAGGCUUUCGUGAUUUUUUGCUUAAACCGGAAAUUUUGCGUGCCAUAGUCGAUUGUGGUUUCGAGCAUCCGUCUGAAGUACAACACGAGUGUAUUCCACAGGCGGUGCUCGGCAUGGACAUCCUGUGCCAAGCUAAGUCCGGUAUGGGAAAGACGGCUGUCUUUGUAUUGGCAACCCUGCAGCAGCUGGAGCCGACAGAAAGCGUCCCGUACGUGCUGGUUAUGUGCCACACGCGCGAGUUGGCUUUCCAGAUCAGCAAGGAGUAUGAACGUUUUUCCAAGUACAUGCCCAGCAUCAAAGUUGCCGUGUUUUUCGGUGGUCUGCCUAUUCAGAAGGACGAAGAAGUAUUGAAAUCUACAAAUCCGCACAUCAUCGUUGGAACGCCGGGUCGUGUGCUGGCGCUUAUUCGGAACAAGAAGUUGAACUUAAAACAUCUGAAACAUUUUAUCCUUGAUGAGUGUGAUAAGAUGUUGGAGCAACUAGACAUGCGUCGUGAUGUACAGGAGAUUUUCCGCAACACACCACACGGCAAACAAGUGAUGAUGUUUUCUGCCACCCUUAGCAAAGAGAUCCGACCGGUGUGCAAGAAGUUCAUGCAAGAUCCUAUGGAGGUAUACGUCGAUGAUGAAACAAAGCUUACGCUCCACGGGCUUCAACAGCACUACGUUAAGUUGAAGGAAAACGAGAAAAACAAAAAACUGUUCGAACUGCUGGAUGUUCUUGAAUUUAAUCAGGUCGUUAUUUUUGUCAAAUCGGUUCAACGUUGUAUGGCAUUGGCGCAAUUGCUGACUGAGCAAAAUUUCCCCGCCAUCGGAAUUCACCGCGGCAUGGUGCAAGAGGAGCGUCUUUCGCGGUACCAGCAAUUUAAGGAUUUCCAGAAGCGCAUUCUGGUCGCAACCAAUCUGUUUGGUCGCGGAAUGGAUAUCGAGCGUGUUAAUAUUGUUUUCAACUAUGACAUGCCCGAGGACUCAGAUACGUACCUGCAUCGGGUAGCUCGCGCCGGACGAUUCGGUACCAAAGGUUUGGCUAUUACAUUCGUUUCCGAUGAAACCGACGCGAAAAUUUUGAACGAGGUGCAGGAUCGGUUCGAUGUUAAUAUUACCGAACUGCCAGAUGAAAUUGAUCUCUCAUCGUACAUUGAAGGACGAUAAAUGCCACCAAGGGCAAGAAUAGAAGAUAAGUUUAGUUUAUUGAUUGAGUAAAUGUAAAACAAACCUAUCUACGGGCCAGCUUUUUAUUACGAAUAUGUAAAGAUGCCCUUCACACAUUGGACACUGUUACAUAUUGAUUUGUUUUGGAGCAAAUCUCAUUUUUAAAGAACUUAUCUAUUCUACUACUGUGUGUAGUAGAUGGCAGUAUUGACACUUUGAAGAAAACACAGGCAUUACUAACAAUUGGUUAGUUCUAACAUUUCCAUACCUAAUAAUAACGAAUAUGAUAGGAGGUCAGCGCACAGUGGAGUGGUUGUACGCUAGCUACUAAUUUCAAUAAAAAAAACGAUAAGAUGAAAGUGUAAAA